CCUCCCCCUCCCAAAAAGUGCAGUAGAUUUUUUUUUUUUAAUGCAAGAUGGCGGACUUUCCCUGAACGGGCACAAUCCGAGGACUCCACCGCAGCCUGCAAAAACAUUCGCGAGACCAAGCGAUGAUCACUGAGGGAUAAAUGAUGCUCAUGCUUUCAUCCCAAGGACUGACGGAUAGAAACAGCUGGAAUCUUGGAGGAGACCUAAAUCAAGCAUAUGCAAACAGAAAGUUCUAGAAUUCUGGAAAAAUACCUGAACUCAUGAUAGACCUGCAAAGAGCAUGAUAUGAGGAUUGGUCACAAAAUUACUUUUUCAUCACAAUUGCAAGUCGCUAAAUGCGGUGUUGCUAAACAAAAGGACUACUGUAUGAGUUUUCAUUGACUUCAACCACUUCUUCAGGGGCAACUGCUAUAGAAUUCAGGGUGCACGAACAGUUGUUAAGAAGUUGCUGCUCAUUGCCUUUUCCUUCGGACGGCAAGUUGUUGUCUUACUGAAUUGCACUAUGGCGAUGCUGCUAAGGGCCAAAAUUGGGAGAAGCCACCCUGCAGAGCAGUAGUGCCCAAAGCCUCUGAAAAGCUUGAAGGGUUGAAACUUGAAUUGGUUUGGCUCCGUUGCCUUUUCGUCGGAGAGGAAAUGGCGAGCAAACGAAAAUCCACGGUGCCUUGCAUGGUCCCGGCGAGAGAGCCGGAUAUGGAUCUAGAAGCCAUAUCGGAUGUUGAGGAGGUCUUACCGGUGAUGACCUCUGCAGGAAGCGUGUCAAGCGAUGAGGACUCUGGAGAAUGUGCCGAUUCAGACAGCCAGCUAAAUAAAAAAGUUGAAGGCGGCUACGAAUGCAAAUACUGUACCUUCCAGACUCCUGAUUUAAAUAUGUUUACUUUCCACGUGGAUUCUGAGCAUCCCAACGUAGUCCUCAGCUCAUCUUACGUCUGCUUUGAAUGCAAAUUUGUGACCAAACGGUACGAUGCUCUUUCGGAACAUAAUACCAAAUACCAUCCCGGAGAGGAGAACUUUAAACUGAACAUGGUCAAACGCAACAACCAGACCAUCUUCGAGCAAACGGUGAACGACCUGACUUUCGAUGGGAGUUUUGUCCAGGAGGAAAAAACGGGAGAAGAAUCGGAAGGCUCAGAAAGCCACUUGACUGGCAUCUCCAUCAGCAAAACCCCCAUUAUGAAAAUGAUGAAGAAUAAGAAUGAAACAAAGCGAAUUGUGGUUUUUCACAACGCCGCCGAGGAUGAUCCCACAGAAGAAAAAGAUGGUGACACCGAUGUGGAGUGUGAAGAAAUUGUAGAAAAAGGAGCCACUGCAAGUUCAGAUACCAACACAGAUAAUUCCUCAGCUGGGGAAGCAGCCCCCCCGGUUGUGAACCCCACCGCGGUGAUUCAGCCUGCUCAGGUGAUCACUACCCUCGCCUCUCCACCGACAUCUAAUUUAAUUUCUAAAGUCUUGAUCCCUAUUAAUAGCAUCCCAGCCUAUAACACCGCUUUGGAUAACAACCCUCUCCUGCAGAACACUUACAAUAAAUUCCCAUAUCCAACUGUGUCAGAAAUUGCGCUCCUGGCUACUCAAGCUAAAUACACCGAGGAACAAAUCAAAAUCUGGUUCUCCGCCCAACGCUUAAAACACGGGGUGAGCUGGACCCCGGAAGAAGUAGAGGAGGCAAGAAGGAAGCAGUUUAACGGCACGGUGCAUACCGUUCCUCAGACAAUUACAGUGAUUCCAGCACAUAUUUCAGCUGCCGGUAACGGUCUGCCUUCCAUUUUGCAGACUUGUCAAAUCGUCGGCCAACCGGGCCUCGUCCUUACACAAGUCACGGGAACCGGCACGCUUCCCGUGACGGCCCCCAUCACCUUGGCGAUGGCAGGCGUUCCAAACCCAGCCCAACUGCAGAAAGCCCAGGGCCAAGCUACACAGCCUGUUCCCGAAAGUAAGCAACAAGUAGCGGCUGUUCCCGCGCCCCAACUUACGAAAUCGGAGGUGGUGGCGGCCGCAGCCACCACCAACAUUGACACGGUUGCCGUCCGGGCAAAGAAGACGAAGGAGCAGCUGAUGGAAUUAAAAGUCAGCUAUCUGAAAAGUCACUUCCCUCUUGAUUCGGAGAUAAUCCGGCUGAUGGAAACCACAGGGUUGACCAAAGGGGAGAUUAAAAAAUGGUUCAGCGAUACCCGGUACAACCAGAGGAAUUCAAAGCACAAUUACCACAAUAAUCAGAACAGCGAUUCUUGCACUAUCGUUAUUGACUCCAGCGACGAAACGAGUGAAUCCCCCAUGCUGGUUCAGAAGCAGUCUUCUGCAGCCUCGGAUUUGAGCUCUCAGAAGUUCAAAGACAAGACUGUGGAGCAACUUAAAGUCCUCCAGGACAGUUUCCACAACCACCCAGUCCUUUCUGAGGAUGAACUGAACAGGGUAAGUUCAGAAACAAAGCUGGCCAAGGAAGAGAUAGAGGCUUGGUUUGCAGAACAGAAAAAAAUGAGUGGUUUUGCAGAAGAAGGUGAGGAGAUUUCUGACGGUCAUGCCGAGAGUCAGAAGGAAAUUGUUGUAGUGGAAACCUUUGGAGGUGAAGGCUCUGGAGCUCUGAAGGCAGGGAAGCCGGCCAAAAAGUCCCCGGAGCAAUUGCACAUGCUCAAAAUGUCAUUCAUCCGAACUCAGUGGCCUUCUUCCGAGGAGUAUGACAAGUUGGCCCGAGAAACGGGGCUUCAUCGAACGGACAUCGUGAGUUGGUUUGGGGACACUCGCUAUGCCUGGAAAAAUGGUGGCUUGAAAUGGUACUACUACUAUCAAGGGAACAACGCAAACAGUGCCAAUGGUCAAGGCCAUUCCAGGCGGAGGGGAAGGGGAAGGUCCAAGGGGAGGGGUCGGGGUCGGACACGCGGGCGGCUGACAUCCAACAAAAGGCCCAAACCUUGGGACCGAACCCCGGUCAUCAAGUUUAAAACUGGAAAAGCGAUCCUCAAGGAUUAUUACCUGAAACAUAAGUUUCUUAAUGAACAGGAUCUCGACGAACUGGUUGCAAGGUCGCACAUGGGCUAUGAGCAGGUCAGGGAAUGGUUUGGAGAGAAGCAGAGGCGAGCCGACCUUGGCCUGGAGCUGUUUGACGAAGAAGACGAAGAAGAGAUGGUGGACGAGCAGGAUGACGAAGAGGAGGAGGAGGAGGAGGAUGAAGAAACCGACGACAGCGACAACUGGGAGCCACCACGGCACGUUAGGCGUAGGUUGCCAAAAUCGGACUGACUUGGACGUUGUUGGCAUUGUCAGAAUGCAACCUUGCCAUACCAUUGGCCUUGCCAAGCAAUUGGUGCUGACCUUCUACGCCUAGCAAUUGUCUACUUUGAGUUUGCUCCACGUGGAAGGCAGAACUGAGAGAUUGACUUUUGCAUCCCUUGCAAACUUGUGGCGCAGGAAUGGAAAAGCAAGUCUGGAACUUAGACUUCCCAAGUUUCCAGAAAGUUAGCCGUUGUCCAUAUCUGCUGAUAGAGGCACGUUGAAGGGACUAUGUGCUCAAUUGCCUUAUGUUUGCUUCCAAAAACCCUGUCAGGAAAGAGGUUCAGGUUUUUUAAAAAGAAAAUGAUAACCUCUUUGGGCUGAAAGAAUUGUCACUAAAUGAAAAGUGCUCAUGGCGUCCCUCUUGCUAAGCUGCAUGUCAGUUUUCUUCCCUCCAAACAUAAGAAAGCCUUCACGAGAAACUUCAGGUUCUUGAAAAGACGUCCCUUAGAAGAAAAUCAAGAUUUGUUGGCUAUCUUCCCAGCAUGCAAAAAUGAUAAAUCACGGAUUUCACUUACAGGAAGACGAGAUUCUGGUAGAAGGUUGAGGGAGAUAAAACCCCAUAGAUAAAGAGCAGUUCAUCGUUUCUCCAGAGAAGUGAUGGGCAUGUUGAGACUAAACCACCAUCGGUUGGACAUGCAUUAAUUUGGAUUAUUAACCUGAGAAGGUGGCUGGCCACAGUGACCGCUUUGGCUCUCUGAGUCUAGGAAUAUAAGAUGAUUUGGGGAGAAAGGUUACCAAAGGUGGGAAACCAUGGAAGGGUGAUAGUUGCUUGUGGUUUUUGAGUUUUGUUUUUUUUUUUAAAAAAGGAAAUUAGAGGAAAGGACUAUCUUUGUUACAUACAGAGCCUGUGUACUAGGUUUACAGAACUCCUGUUGAAUGUGUCUCUCUAGCUGUGUUCAGGGAAUUGGGGUCCGAAGUAUGUUUUUAUAUUAAAACUAAUCAGUGUA